AUGGCUUUAAUCUCACAAACUGAGUUACCACUCAAUGAAAACGAUUCUCAAGACAUGAUCAUAUUCCAAAUUCUUAAUGAAGCCAAUGAACUCAGCAACACAAUGGUUCAACAAAGGCACCAAAAUGGCCUAGAGCAAAGCAAGGAUAUUGAAAAGAAGAAGUACAGAGGUGUGAGGCGUCGGCCAUGGGGAAAAUAUGCUGCGGAGAUUCGUGACUCGGCGCGAAAUGGAGCUAGGGUAUGGCUUGGUACAUUUAAAACUGCUGAAGAAGCUGCAAUUGCGUAUGAUAAAGCAGCUUUUAGAAUGAGGGGUUCUAAGGCCUUGUUGAAUUUCCCACAUGAGUUUUCUGCAUCUCUGCAAUUGAGUUCAACUUCUAAGCAUGGUUUGAGUUCAGGAAAAAUCAACAAUAAGAACUCCGAGUCAAGUGCUAGCAGCUCUUAG